UCUCUCUCUCUCUUUCUCUCUCUCAGUCCUCCCCGCGCGCAGGAGAAUCGCCGUAAGCCGCGGAGAGCGCGCAAAAUGCCAGUGAUUCGACGCGACUUGGAGUACGCGCCUCGACGCGGCGAAACGAAGCGGGCGCCACGCGAAUUCGAACGCGCGGACGUGUGUCGCGAGCCGUCUUACGCCACACGAACUCAGAGCUCUGGUUUGCGCGUGAGCUCUUCUAAGUGUCUCUUUGCUGAAGUUUUUUUUUUUUUUUUUUUUUUUUUUUCGAAGCCGUCACGUGGACGCGACGCGCAGUUGAGUUUACGCGCGAGUAAGUUAUCUCGCGUAUUUCGCGGUGCGAGUGAGAGGUUUUUUACUGGCCGGUUGAAAGCAAGUAGAGAAGGUGUCCACGGUAGUAAUGAUUGUAAUUUUAAACGACCUCCAGAGAUUUGUGAGUGUCUGGACGAAAUACUCCAUUCCCGACACGAGUUAAUUACUUCAGUGAAUAUUUGUCAAGAUUUUAUAGGAAAUUAAUGUGGUGCUAAGUGUAUCUUCAGUGUAAACGACAUAUGAUCGAACAGUAAAUAGAGCAUUUGAGUUUUUAUAAUGCACAUCGUCAGAUACAGAUUUAAUUUUGUCUAUUGGUUGAUAAAGUCUUGAUUUUAAUACGUGUUUUAAAAUAUUUUUUAUUGGCUUAAUUAUAAGCAGAAACUAAAAGAAAAUUUAAUAAAAGUUUUCUUACAUGAAACACGGAUUCCAUAUAGGAAAUUGCACUUGGAUUAUUGAGAGAUCGCGUGAAGAACGGCAGAGGAGGAGAGGAAAGGGGUGAGACCAACGUCGUAAUCGUUUGAGGGCGGAGAAAGUAUCUGACGAAGUUUCGAGGUACUUUCAUGGCGGUUAAGCGAGAUGUUCGAAGGAAACCACAAAUUGAUGAGAUAAGAAUCGAUUAAUGAUAAAGUAAUAGCAUGAUCUGGAAAAAAGAUAUUGAAUUUGCUGAUUAGUAAUACGUCACUAUUAAACGAGGAUGCAAGAUAUAUUAGUUAUGCCAGUUAUGAAAGUAUAUUGAGUGUCGCUUUAGUAAUCUGGAGUUAUUCGAGGAAAUCGUUUAAAUACAACAAUAAUAAUUAUAAUAAUGAUCGUCGAAGUCAUUGUACUUGAGAAUAAAUCACUUUCUCGAUAUCGAGUGCAUUGACUUUAAGGACGCUCGUGCAAUUCGCGCUGAAUCUUUUCGUAUAGAAUGAUCAUUCCAGUCGAACCUCGGGCACGGAAGAAAAGGGAAGAGGAGGGCAAUGAGGAAGAGGGAGGAGGAGCGACGGUGGUGGCGGUGCAGCAGCACAGCGUCGAAAAAGGAAAGCCACGCUGAUCAUCCACGACUGGAAGACCUCGGCGUUGCACCUUAGCGGACCUUAGCGCAACGGUGAAGAGGGACGAAAGAAAGAAAGGGAGAGGAAGGACGAAGAGAAAGAUACGGAUAGCGAAAGGGCAAGGAGGGCAAGAAGAAAAGAGAAACAAAGAGUAAAGGGAUUGAAAAGGAGAAAUAGAGAACGAAAACAACGGAGCAGGAGAAAGGAAUCCAUAAAUUUUUGUUUUCAUAAGUACUUUCUUUCGUGAAACCGGGAUUACCGAGAUUUCUGUUGAACUUCUCAAACUCCUCCAUAAAUUUUUGUGCAGAAUACUUUUAUAUUUAUAGCGCUUUUGUAUCUUUUAUGUAAACCUUUGUGAUUUGCGAAUGCAAUUAAUCUUUACCACACAAAUAUAUCCGAUACACUUAGAGAUAGUAUAAAUCUGUAGCGAUUUUACUUCCGCGAGUCGAGGUUGGUUGCGCUGCCUCAUGAGGCCCCUCACCUUCGAGAAUCUGAGAAGGCUCGUGAGCCGCAAGAAGGAUCGCAAUGAGCCCUCCUUCAAGCGUAGCGAGUCCUUCAAGAGAAUUUCUAUUAGGAAGAGUUACUUAGAUCGGGGUAAACGACGAAAUCGCCUCCAGAAAAAUUUAGAGCCUGUUAUUAAUACACCUUCCCCGCAACCAACAACGAAUGAUAAAAUUGUUUCUCAACAAAUUAAAGAACAAGAAUUCAAGAAAAAUGAAGAACGCUCCCUUAGUCGCGAUUCCAUUACUUACGAUGAGUGGCUUCAAGGAGUCAGCUCCUCUUCCCGUGAGAAACUACACGAAGAUAAUCUCGAGUCUCUUCAAUAUUCUAAAAUUAAAGCCACAAAACUUGCUAAACAUAUCGACGCGGAUUCAGUUGUUGAGGAUCUGAAAAUUCUCGAGCUUGAUGCCUCGCCGAUUUUAGUAUCCAAAUCUAAAUCCUUUGGGAUUGUUACGGACGAGACGACCAAUGGACAUGAUACGCUUUGGACCCAAGAUUCUUCUGUAGAUGGAUCGCUCAGUGUCAGCAUCGGUCUUGGCAGGAUAUGGAGGGAUGCAGUGCCAGUUCCGGUUUCGGCUCCGAUAUCGGCACCUUCGUAUUCCUCUGUUUCGACUUCUUCGAUUCAUCAUUCUCUAGACAGUGCUCUAAAGGAGAAGAAACCGCAGCCGACUGUUGCGAGAACGGUUUCGGCGCCAGAAAAGCCCAUCAGCAAGGAGACCUCGUCGUCCUUUGGCUUCUCUCUUAGGAUCGCCAGAUUCACUGAUUUCAGGCCAGGGGUGACACGAAACGGUCUCUUUCGUCGGAAGACACCAAAACCAUCGCCAAGCGUGAGCACGGAGGGUUACUUCAAACGAACGAGUGGGUCUAGACAUUCUAGUUCUCGUCGUCGAAGCGGUAAGAGAACUUUACAACGCGCUAGCAAAAAGAAUCAGCAACCUGCGGCUCGCACUAGCAGUCCGGUAUGGUUCGUCCCGCCUGAGAGACGUCGUUCGAGACGUCAACGACGAGUCUGGCGGGAGAUCAGAUACUUCCCCGAUGAUGAGGGUCCAAUCCUGGAGAGAAUUAAUGAUUGGUCAUCAAACGUGUCAGAUGACCAGUUUGAUGACCAGAAACUGCUACUAUCAGGUGAUUUCAAUGAGCGUCGGGAUGAUGACGCUUUGAACUCGAUUAUUUCAUCGUCCUUGGGCUCUUUCUCAGCGACAUCGUCCUCAUCAUCGGCUUGCCCAGCUCCAAAAAUUAGUGACUUUAACGAAGACAAGCUAUUCUCUGAAGAAUUAAGGACCAACGGUCUUCCAGUGCGCGGAGCUACUUGGAGGCUCUCACCGACGACAACGACGACAGCGGCAACGAUGAUGGUGUCAACAGUGACGCCCACAAGAACAAUUCUUUCUGGAAAUUAUUUUGCCAGCAGUCAAUUUCUCACUUUUUUAGCCAAGGACAUUGUCAAGGAAAGAUCGAAAAACGAAAACUCUAACACGGGUUACAGAUGUCUCUCGUCAACCGACAGCGAGGACGAUGUUGAACGUUCCAACUUUGAACGAAGGAAAAACUUUCCGCAGCAACGACAACAGUAUUUAAAGAGGCAAAAAUCGGGACUUAAGAGGAGACCCUUGCGUCGCAAGUCACAAUUGAGAAGAGCGUCUGGUCAGCCGGUAUUCCUCGUGCGCAAGUGCUCGUCCUUGAGGAAACGUCCUAGAGAUAUUACGCAGAAAGGUUAUGAAAAGAAACGGACGCGUCUACUUCAGCCAUAUGCCUCGAAGCAGAUAGGGGCUGGAAAUGGUGGUAUUGGUGGUGGUGGAGGUGGUAGCGGCGACGGAGGCGUCGUUGGUAGAGGGCUGGAGAGAACGGGUUACGGAAGCGGAGGAGGUGGCGGUGAAGGUGGCGGAGGAGGUGGAGGCGGAGGAGGAGGAGGAGGUGGCUAUGGCGGUGGCGGCGGCGGCGGUCGACCGCAGCCACGUGCACGGCGCACGCAACGGCGCGUCACGCACAACGAGAAGCGCUAUCACUCAGGCGGUCGACUAGCGCCCGGAGGAAUUGCCAGUCCCCCGGGUUCUGGCGGCUCUACAGGAAACACCGGGAACUCGAACUCGGCUGCUGCGGCGGCGGCAGCGGCAGCGGCGGCGGCAGCUAGACGCGGUAAUCGCAGACUCACGCGCAAUGAGAGCCGUUACCAUUCCGAGGUGCGCCAAGAGGCGGUACAACAGGCCUUGGCGGCGAUGCAGGGACGACCGAAGCCAUCCUUGCCGAUGCCGUCCAAGAGAACCUCCGUGAUGGCCAGGAGUCCAGAUCGGGAGAGACGCGACAGCGGAGAGUCCAGCAGCGACGAGGAUAGCGUUGUAACUGAAGAGAGUCCGGGCGCGGGUGGCCCAACCGGCACCGGUCUUUCGGAUACCAGUAGCACUGGUUCUGCGCGGGACACUCCACCGCCGCCCAGACCGCCGGCCAGGAGGCCACCCGGCGCCGACAUCACCGAUAUUGCCGAAUACACGCCGCAUGCCUAUUGCAAUAUCCAACCACCAGACGUUACCCACGUGACGAGCAGCACCCCGGUCGGACAGCAGCAAUCGGCGACGCGACGGCCCGGUGCCGAUCGGGUAAACCGUUACGCGCAUGUGGUUGAGGAUCAGAAUAAUACUGGCACCACCGGUCGUUGGAAGGUCUCUGCGAAAAUCCAGCAACUAUUGAAUACGCUGAAACGGCCGAAACGUCGACCGCUACCGGAAUUUUACGAGGAUGACGACAUUGAGCUGGAAAUCGCAGCGAAUCCGAAGGAUCCCAAUGCUCCUAAACCCGAAGGUGGUUCAAUGACGUCAGCAGUGGGCGAAGCCCUGUCGGUGCCAUCAGGAUUGCCACGUUCUCUCGAGGCCGCCAUUCAGAGGUACGGCUCGGCAACGUACAAAGCACCCGUGGCCACUGUCCUGGAUCCUAACGGCAAGCUUUGCGUAACGCUCACGUAUGGGAAGCUACUCAGCCGCUCUCACAAGAUUGCUUAUACUCUUCUGAAUAAGGCUCUAAGUCGCGGCGGUGAUUGCUGCCUGAAACCUGGUGACAGGAUAGCCCUGGUUUAUCCGAACAACGAUCCGAUCAGCUUCAUGUGCGCCUUUUAUGGUUGUCUUCAGGCCGGUAUCGUACCAGUGCCCAUCGAAGUACCUCUGACCCGUCGUGACGCGGGUUCCCAACAGAUUGGUUUUCUCUUGGGAAGCUGUGGAAUUCAGGUGGCACUGACUAGCGAAGCGUGUCUGAAAGGUCUGCCAAAGACAGCAGCUGGCGAAGUGAUAGCCUUUAAGGGCUGGCCAAAACUGCACUGGUUCGUUACUGAGCAUCUAGGCAAAACACCCAAGGACUGGAUGGCGCCGCCACGGCUCACCGAUGAUACGCCCGCGUAUAUCGAGUAUACCACUGACAAGGAUGGCUCCGUGAUGGGCGUAACCAUUACUAGGUCAGCGAUGAUGGCCCAUUGUCGCGCUCUCACGCAAGCCUGCGGUUACACCGAAGGCGAAAAUGCUGUCUGUGUGCUGGACUUCAAGCGAGAAGUCGGUCUCUGGCACAGCACCUUGACUAGCGUACUGAACGGCAUGCAUGUCAUUUUUAUUCCUUACGCCCUGAUGAAAGUCAAUCCCGCCAGCUGGAUGCAGAUGAUCACGAAGCAUCGUGCCAGCGUUGCAGUCGUAAAAUCACGAGAUCUUCACUGGGGUUUGUUAGCAACUAAGGAUCACAAGGACGUUUCUCUGGCAACGUUAAGGUUGCUGCUCGUUGCGGAUGGCGCAAAUCCAUGGUCUCUCUCAUCCUGUGAUCAGUUUCUCUCAGUGUUUCAAUCCAAAGGACUCAGGCCGGAUGCUGUUUGUCCUUGCGCUUCCUCGAGCGAGGCUCUUACAGUCUCUGUAAGAAGGCCAGGACGCGCAGGAGUGAACGCUACUGGUCGUGGAGUUCUCUCCAUGUCCGGCUUGAGUUACGGAGUUGUCAGAGUAGAUCAGGAGAACUCUCUUACGUCAUUGACGCUGCAGGAUUGCGGACAAGUUAUGCCUGGAAGUAUAGUAGUCGUUAUUAAAAUGGAGGGGCAGCCAUUUAUUUGUAAGACGGACGAAGUGGGUGAAAUUUGCGUGCACAGUGCAGCGACCGGUACCCAAUAUUGGGGUUUGCAAGGACUUACUAACAAUACCUUCAAAGUAUCACCGUUACAGCUCGAUGGUACCGCUUUAGGUGAUGUAGAAUAUACGCGUUCCGGAUUGUUGGGUUUUCUUGGUCCUGGAGGACUCGUGUUUGUCUGCGGGUCACGAGAUGGUCUCAUGACGGUAACUGGCAGGAAGCACAAUGCCGACGACAUUAUCGCCACUGUGCUGGCUGUCGAACCGAUGAAAUUUAUCUAUCGUGGUAGAAUAGCCGUUUUCAGUGUGAGAGUCCUCAGAGAUGAAAGAAUAUGUGUUGUUGCCGAACAACGGCCUGAUUGCAGUGAAGAAGAGAGCUUCCAGUGGAUGUCUCGAGUGCUGCAAGCGGUUGACUCAAUUCAUGCAGUAGGAAUAUAUUGUCUUGCCUUGGUACCACCCAACUAUUUGCCCAAAACGCCACUAGGUGGUAUUCAUCUGUCGGAAACAAAGCGCCGUUUUCUUGAAGGUGCUCUUCACCCAGCUAAUGUGCUUCUCUGUCCUCACACAUGUGUCACCAAUUUACCAAAACCUCGCGAAAUUCAUUCAGUGGGGGAUUCUGUUGCAGAUGUCGGUCCGGCCAGCGUUAUGGUAGGGAACAUUGUCCAGGGUAACCGAUUGGCCUCCGCGCAGGGACGGGACAUGGGUGUCCUGGACGAAGACAGUGAUAAUGCCAAAAAGUAUCAAUUUAUCUCCGAAAUUCUACGAUGGCGUGCUGUCAGCACUUCGGACCAUGUGAUAUUUACGUCGUUGAACGCGAAGGGCACCGUGGCUACCUCAUUGUCCUGCUCGCAGUUGCAUAAGAAGGCUGAAAGGAUUGGGAAUUUGCUCUUGGAUCGAGGAAGAGUUAACACUGGGGAUCAUGUAGCGCUCAUUUUCCCACCCGGUACCGAUCUAAUAUGCGCGUUUUAUGGCUGUUUGUACGUUGGUGCCGUGCCGGUGACCAUCAGGCCACCUCAUCCGCAAAAUCUUCAAACGACCCUACCGACAGUUCGCAUGAUCGUGGACGUCAGUAAAUCCGUCCUCGUAUUGACCAACCAGAACCUCCUCAAGUUGUUGAAGUCAAAGGAAGCGAAUAAUGUGGUCGACGUAAAGAGUUGGCCGAUGAUCCUGGAUAUGGACGACAUGCCAAAGAAGAAGCUACCAGUAAUGUAUCGGGCGCCUACUGCGGAGAUGCUGGCCUAUUUGGACUUCAGUGUCUCAACAACGGGCAUGCUCGCUGGCAUCAAAAUGUCUCAUGCGGCGGUCACUUCGUUGUGUCGUGCCAUGAAAUUGGCGUGCGAGCUCUAUCCUUCCAGACACAUCGCCCUCUGUCUAGACCCAUACUCGGGACUCGGUUUUGCCUUAUGGUGUCUCAGCAGUAUAUACAGUGGACAUCAUUCUAUACUAAUACCACCGUCCGAGGUGGAAGCCAAUCCUGCACUCUGGUUAUCGGCGGUCAGCCAAUCUAGAGUGAGAGACACGUUCUGCUCGUACGGCGUUAUGGAGCUGUGUACCAAGGGACUUGGUUCCUCGGUUCAUGCGCUCAAAGCGCGCGGUGUGAGUUUAGCGUGCGUGAGAACAUGCGUUGUUGUUGCUGAGGAGAGGCCACGGAUAGCAUUAACGACGAGUUUUAGCAAGUUGUUCUCUGCGCUCGGAUUGAGUCCGCGCGCAGUGUCCACCUCGUUCGGUUGCAGAGUAAAUACUGCCAUUUGCUUGCAGGGAGCAUCCAGUCCGGAGCCCUCGACAGUUUAUGUUGACCUUCGUGCGUUACGUAACGACCGAGUUUCCCUAGUGGAACGAGGCAGUCCGCAUUCUCUGUGCCUAAUGGAAUCGGGCAAACUGCUGCCCGGCGUGAAAGUAAUCAUCGCUAAUCCCGAGACCAAGGGUCAAUGCGGAGACUCGCAUCUAGGUGAAAUCUGGGUGCAGUCCUCGCACAAUGCGAGCGGUUACUUCACGAUCUACGGCGACGAGAGCGAUUACGCUGAUCACUUUAACGCGCGAUUAGUUACCGGCAAUACAAGCGAAGUCUACGCGCGAACCGGCUAUCUUGGUUUCCUAAGGAGGACCGAGAGUGUUCAACAGUCGGUGAUCAGCGACGUACCCGGUGAUACUAACAAUGUACCCGAGGCCGAUCUCGUGCCGAAUGAUCCAGAGCUUCACGACGCUGUAUUCGUUGUUGGUGCCCUCGAUGAGGCUAUCUUACUGCGAGGUAUGCGUUACCAUCCGAUAGACAUCGAAAACAGUGUCAUGCGGUGCCACAAGAAAAUCGCCGAAUGCGCUGUAUUUACAUGGACCAACCUUCUAGUUGUAGUAGUAGAACUGGACGGUAGCGAAAGCGAGGCACUUGAUCUCGUAGCUCUGGUGACGAGCGCUGUGCUGGAGGAACACCAUUUGGUGGUUGGCGUGGUGGUCGUGGUGGAUCCUGGUGUGGUACCCAUUAAUUCACGCGGUGAGAAGCAACGAAUGCACCUGCGCGACGGCUUUCUCGCGGACCAGCUCGAUCCUAUCUAUGUGGCGUACAAUAUGUGAACGGAUGGGCGAGAAAAAGUUGUCACUCUCUCCAUAUUCCGCUCUUCUCCUCGUCGACAGUUCUUAUCGCAGACAGUUCUCGAUGUAUUGAGGCUGCAGUGGAACUCCAUUUGCGAGGACAGUUUGCUCCAAAUAACGAUGGAACAAAUGAUUUUAGUAAGAGUAGUUGUAGCUUUUGUUUACUUUAUUUCAGAGCUCAACACGCGUUGCACAUUCUGGCCGAUUUUCAGUUUGUUCCUGCCUAGGGUUAUUCCCCUUCACAACAUCGAUUGGUUUUUGAAAGGUAAAAGAAUUACUCUAAGCGGAGUCUAAUUAAAAAUGUAUCAAAAUGUACACGUAUGUGUGUUGCGCUCUGCUUUAUUUGAUUCUUUAUGAGAAUUUUAUUCAGACAAUUGUACGCUACCGCUCAAAAAUUUCAAUACGUUAUCUAAUCUCUCAUAAAAAGUUAAAUGGAAUUGAUUCAUCAGAUAUCAAUAAAAUGCUACUAGAUUCAUUUACAUAAUUUGACAGCAAAUUAGUAGCAAAAACUAAAGUCUAUGCAGUGCAAUUUGAUGGAAAAUUGACAACAAAAACCGAACAAGUCAGUAUUUUGUAUUUUUAUCAAUUUGUCGGCAAAAAUGAUGACAAUUUGAUAGCAAGUUAGUGGUAAAAAACGAGCAAGAUCUGCAUCGCAUAUAAUGCAGUUCAACAAAUAAAGCAGUUCAAAAAAAUAAUUUUUUAAAUUAGAAUAUGAUUUGUUAUUUCCUAUACUUUGAUCUUUGGAUACUAGCACUAAUUCGAUUUCUAAAUUGCUUCAUCAUGUCACAAUUUUGAGAAUUAAAAAAUAGCGAUUUUGUAUUUGAUCAAAAAAGACCAAAUUUGGAUCUGUUCUACGCACAUUUGGCGUUGGACAUUUUCUUUCACACUAGAAAAUAAUGACUGUGUGAUUUAUGAUUUAUCUUUGUAAAGAAUGAUUAUUUUUUACAAUAUAACAAAGUAACAUAAUAAAAUGUAUAAUUAGUAAUAAUUAGUAAAUAUAUAUAUAUAUAUAUAUAUACACACAUACAUACACAUUACACAAUAGCCCUUAAUUAAAUAAAUUUAUUAAUUGUUCUUUCUUUAUUAAAAUUAAAUAUUUUGAAUAUCUUAGGCAAAACGCUAAUUGGCUGAUAUAUGAAUAUGGCCAGUCACUUGUUCCAUCCUAAUUGAUUAAAUAUUUUAAUGCGCAAGAGCACAUCUUGUUUUUUCAUACCAUGGGAUUAAUAAGAGAUUUGCGUUUAAAUAUGUGUACAUAUGUGAAAAAUUUUUAUGUAUGAUUUUUUUGUUAAAAUUCAAAAACUUGAUUUAAUUUAUCAGCGAUACUAUUUCCAUCAUUUUAAAUUUACCAAUUUUAGCAUUUUAGAUUUAUAUUUCUACUAUAAAAGAUUUCUAUACAUAAAUUUAUGCAAAAAUUCAGACAUAUUUUGAAUUUUUUGAUAUCUGUUGAAUCCUUUUCUUAAAAGGAUGUCGUUUGACUCCGUAUGAGAACAACGGAUUUGUAAGUCAUAAUGUAUCGUAAUUGUGUGAAAACUAAUUUCUUAUAAUGUUUGUUUUUUUAAUUUUGAAACAAAAAAAAUGUUUAUAGAAGAAAAAAAGAAAAAAAACAUUAUUUGUUUGAUUUAAAUUUUUUCAAAAGUUUAUAAAGAUUUUUUUAUUUGUUUUAAUUAUCUGCAUACAAGUUUUAUUACUGGAGCAAAUAAGCGAAAAAUUAAAAAUUAAACAAAAUUAUCGUGAUUAAUGGAGUUCUACUACAUGCGUUAAAGAAUGUUAAUGCACACAGCAAGUAUUACUAGCAAAGAGUAUAUAUAUGUAUAAAGUCGAAACACUUUUAAAAUCCAACUGCCACAAAUCCUUGGAACUGAUCAAAUAGAAAAAUCAGUAUUACUUUACGUAUAUCAUGAUGUAUAAUGAAAAUGAUCGACGACAAAUUAUUCGCCGAUAAUAAACUUUCGAAAUAUUAAAUAUAAAUUCUCUAUAGCGCUCCAAUAUCCGGUUUGUUUUGCGAAUUUUGUUUUACAAAAUAUUCAUCAUAUCCACCGAUUGUCGACAGUUUUGCGUUUUAUUUCUACAAUAUCGAAACUGCACAACGAUCAUAUUUAAUCUCGGCAUUCGAUCUUUAUAUAUCUGCGAACUGAAGGAUGCGUGAAAAAUUUUCGGUAUCAGGUAACUCGCACAAAAUCACAAUUUUGUACAUUUCAAGUCUCGUAUUGUAGCGUGCGCAAAAAUACUGAUGUAUUCUUUACAAUUUUGCUGCGGAAAACAAUCGUUCUCAUUGACGGGAGUAACGAAAGAUUUCGUCGCAAGGGCGAUUCUCGACAAUAUUCGUUUACAAUCGUUUUUUAUGACUGUUAGUCGUACGUGUUUUUUUAUGAUUGAAUAGCGAUUGAAUAUUUAAUGAUUAUUCUGAUCAGUCGGAUAUUUAAUUCUCCCAAUCUUGUCCGCACAAACGAAUAUAAUUACGAAACUAGCUCAAACUCGCGUAUAAGGAUAUUGAUACUUUGUGUAAUGUUGACUUUAGGGUUGUCAUUUAUCCUUCUCUUAUUUUAAUCGUACAUGUGUAUCGCAAAAUCAGAAAUGUCAAUCGGACUACAUGGCCUAUACUUACAAUUAGACAUAAAGAUAAGAUUAGAGACAAUUUUUUUCUUGUAAAAAGGAGGAUAAAAAUCUGCACGGAAAAUUUAACUCGAGAAAAACUUAACAUUUUGUACAAAAUAAUUCGAACAAUUUUAUACGCAGAUUGAUCGAACUCUUGCAGCAAAGCAUGAUUACUGUAAAGGAGAAUAUCUCUCUCUCUCUCUCCUUUCUUUUAAAAUUUUAUCAUAAAAGUGAACCGUUAAGUUUGAAGUUGAUUGCGCUUGAUUUCUCUUAUAAUUUCUUUAGUUAUGGAUAUUCUACCAAUAUGUACAGUUGUUGAUAGCUCUUUAAUUUAAUAUCUUUAAACGUAAGACGACAUAAAUAUGGUAUAUAUAAUAUUGUUGUGACUGUUAUGUGACUAUUAUUCGUAAUUAUAAUAAUCACAUGUGUAUUUGUCGCGCGGAAGAUUGGCAACUGCAAAUAUUUCAUUGGAGAAACACUUUUUUAUUUUGCUUCUUUAUAAAUAUUUCUGUUUUUAUAUCGAUAAUAAUUAUAUUGUUUACCAUGUUGUAUUUCUUUUGUUUAAUUGUUUUUGAUUGUAUAAUUUUUUUUUUAUAAUUUUCUAAAAUACCAGUCUUUCUAAAAUUAAAAUUUUGAGUAUGUGUAGUAUAGAUUAUAAACAAUUAAAAAAUUUUUUUUGAAUGAAAGAUUAUUCUUCCUAUUUUCAAUUGGAAAAUUUCUUUAAGUCACACGAAAAAAAAAGAUUUGAAAUAAAAAACUUAAUUCUGCUAUAUCAAUGUAAUAUAUUUAACAUUUAAAUUCAACGCUCUCAUCUGGUGAGAAUUAUUUACGACACUUAUACGAAAAUGCAAGUAAUUAUCGGCGAUAAUUUCGCCAGCGCAAUAUACACACACAUGGCAUUGUGAGUUUAUAAGCGCCUGCGGAACAUGAUGAUUGAUUAAUCGUUCGUAGAGUCGUAGAGUCGUAGAGUCUCGACGGCUGUACAUGGGCGGCUUUUUGUAAAUACGUAAUAUGAGAAAGAGGUAUCUCUCCUCCUACAUACUACCCCUUGCCAUUCAUUUACGCUUCUCUCUCUCACUCUUCUCUCUCCUUCCCCUUUUCCUCCCCUCCUAUCUAUCUAUCUAUCUUUAUCUCCUUCCUGUCUUUUUCAUUGUUAAGCUAUCGUGCCAUGUUACUUUGCGUUACUUCCGUACUUUUUCACACGGAAAAACGUACGCUCGAAAUAGUUACGUUGUACAGGCUUGAUUGCAUUGAUAGCUUCAGUUAAUUAACUGUCAUUAUUGUUAUAGUUUUUAAUCAUUUCCUUGUUUCUUUUAAGUCAUAAUUUAUUAUAACUAUCUGUUAUCAUUAUAAUAAUAUUCUAAACAGGGAAUACAAUUUAAUAGCACAAGUAUUCAACUUACAAUUAGUCAGGUAUUUCAUUAUAAUUAAUCUUAUCUUACUCUUGAUUGAUUGUAUCCACAAUUUCUGAUGAAUUUACUGUACAGAUGAUUCUUCUCGAAUCUUAAGAAAUUUGUAAAUAUUUUUUUAGCAAAUUUUCUAAAAACAAAUUAGUCGUGUGUGAUUAAAUGACGUGUUGGUAUGAUUAACAACAACACAUUUUUAAUGGAAUCACAUUAAAUUAUGAAGUAAACAAUCACAAAUACUUUGUUCUUUAUUCUUAGCACAAGUUUUGUAAAGUUUUUCCCCUACUAUAAAAGUUGAUUCAAUCAUAAAUUCCGAAUUUUAUAAUGCAAAUGCAUUAUAAUAUCAUCUCGAAAAAUUUUUAUUUUUAUAAGCGAAAACAAUUUCCCCCAAAAUUAUAUACUGAGGAGAAAAAGUUUAGCUUAAUUAAAUUUUUUCAUUUAAUUUUUUAAUUUAAAUAUAUAAUUAUGUGAACUGAAGAAAUUUCAUAAAAUGAAAAUUUUUAUCAAGUUUAAUUCUUUCUUCUCACAAUCAGUGUGUGCGACAUUUAUAUAGUUGUGAAAUAUUACUCAUGGAAUUAGGAGAAUCAGAUUAAUGCAAAUAUUUUCUCUAGGGCAGUCGAUGAUCCUUAGCGAAGAUCUGGAGUUUGAGAUAUUUUAUAUUGAGCUUGUAAUAAUGUCAAUCGAUUUCUCUCUCUCCAUGCGUGUAAGGAAUAAUAAUACGCAAAUACCUCCCCGAGGAAAGUAGGAAUGUGCAAUGAAUGAUUUUUUUUUAUAUUGAACGAGACAGGUGGCUGUUAUAACUGUAAUAAUGUCGAUUGUAAGGCUAUUGGAUCAGCAGAUAUUUGGAUCCUUUAGCCCUCGACUUCACGGAUUUGUGAUUAGAAGUAUAAUCACGCUUAAUAUUUAACCCUUUCGCGCGCGAUUAUAGAAAAUUAUAGAAAUGAACGUUUUAUAAGAACUUUACAAGCAUGUAUUUUAAAAUUAUAAAGUCCGUAAACAUAAUCAUAGAUUGUUAGAUGGCGAAAGGGUUAAACAGAGCAUUGAUAUAACGCAAAUUUUUACGAGAUCUCUUCGCGAGCAAUUCUCAUAUUGGGAAACAUUUUAUCAAAGCAUGUGUGAUUAAUCCAUUAGCACCCAAAUUCUUCACCUAAAAUUUUAUAGUAAUUAAUGAUUUAAUCCAAGAGCUAAUAUCUCUAGUGAAAAAAUUCUUAUAAUUUCUUAUGUAAUAUUUUCAAAAAUUUGUUAUAUUUAAAAUUUAUAAAGAUUUUUGAAGAAAUCAGUGUGUGCGACAUUUCUCUCUAUUAUAGAUUUUAUAAUAUACUUGAAAAUUAUGGCUUGAUAAGUUUUAAAAAUAUUUCAGAAUUUAUACACUUUUCUCAGUUUACAAAGAAUUUCUCAAAAAAAUUUUCUUAAUAUUUUUUAUAAGUUUUAGUUCGUCCAAAAAAUCUGUGAAAUUUUUAAAAAAAUUAUACACAAAUUUAAAAAAUUUAAAAUUAUACAAUUAUUAAAAAUUUUUCUAUCAAAGAAAUUAAAAGUAGAAGAAAAGGCUCGAGAAACGAGGAGUGUUGUAUGUAAUGUGCAAACUGCUGGGCGUUAACGGAUUGAUCUUAUGAUUUGUAUAAGAUUGUAGGAAAUGUUAUUUCUGUGUCAAGUACAUUUAAUUUUAAGAAGGGAUAUCCUUAGGCGCGCUUAAAAUUGCAAGGCGAUUUUGAAUCUGAGUCAAGAUAAAGCACAUGAUGCGAUAUAUAAAUAAUCAUUUAUACUAUGAUGCAUACGGAUAAUCGCAAUUAAUCACUAUACAAUCACUAUGCAACUUGGAAAGGACUUUUAUAUUAAAAAUGUUACGUGCCACUAUCUAAUACCAAUAACAAUUUUGGUUAAUUUUAUACGUAAUCGCUAUGUUCUUAUCUUAUAUCGGACGAGCAUGACCGAUGAGCACCAGAUAAGCUAGAGAACUCCUCGAUUGAAAGGUUCUCGCGUGGCCCUACUAAUGCAGAUCAGAGUACAUGCGCGAGUGUAUAACGUACGUGCGAGUGUGCGUGUGAGAAAAGUGGUUGUACUAUGUAUAAAUGUCGAUAAUUAGUUAAUAGAAUUGUAGCAUAGCAUGCCGAAGCGCGUCGCGUGAUUGAAAAGGUCGAGAGUCGAGGAGAGAGAGGAUCUGCAGCUACACGUAGGACGCGGGAUCCGCGGUUGAUCCCCCUAAGCUCCUAUCUUAGAUAUCGAAUCUGGAGCCGAUCUGUGAAUCGGAACCUAGGCCAGCACAAGUGGUCUAAGGCUGUGUAUAUAAAAUAACGCCCUCUGCGUUAGAAUUUAUUAAGGUAUAGUUUGUACGUUGAGCUAUAUAUAUUAUAUAUAUUAUAUACAUAUUAUAUAUAUAUAUUAUUAUAUUAUUAUCACGAAUAAUAUAACGGUCACUGUCUUUACCAAGCCGAAUAGUAUCAUCAUGCCUCAUGUAUCACAUUAAACGGACAUAUUAAUACUUA